AAAAGUGGAUAAGUCAGAGACAUAAGCAGUGACGUCAUAUUUUGAUAUCAUAAAAUCUGUGGCACAUAACUACGGGAGACCAGCGGCGUCGUCGAUAAAUCCGAAGUAACAAAAUUUGUCGAAGUCAGAAAGUCAAAUCGGAGAAAGAUAUUAAGGAUGACGGCGACGAACAAGCAAGUGAUAUUCAAAGACUACGUGAGUGGUUUCCCUAAGGAAUCAGAUUUCGAUUUCACUACAAGCACCGUCGAACUCAGCGUUCCCAAAGGUUCUAACUCGGUCCUGGUGAAGAAUCUCUACUUGUCAUGUGAUCCUUACAUGCGUAUUCGCAUGGGCAAACCUGAUCCUUCCACCGCUGCUCUUGCUCAAGCUUACACUCCAGGCCAGCCAAUCAAUGGUUAUGGAGUGUCUAGAGUGAUAGAAUCUGGGCAUCCGGAUUACAAGAAAGGCGACUUACUCUGGGGAUUCGUUGGAUGGGAGGAGUACAGUGUUAUCACUCCAAUGAAUCGCAUGCAUUUCAAGAUCCAACACACCGACGUUCCCUUAUCUUACUACACUGGGCUUCUCGGAAUGCCCGGUAUGACUGCCUAUGCUGGGUUUUAUGAAAUCUGUUCUCCAAAGGAAGGAGAGACAGUUUAUGUCUCAGCUGCAUCUGGUGCGGUUGGUCAGCUUGUGGGUCAAUUUGCUAAGAUGAUGGGUUGCUAUGUUGUUGGAAGCGCCGGUAGCAAAGAAAAGGUCGAUCUCCUGAAGACCAAGUUUGGGUUUGAUGAUGCAUUUAACUACAAGGAAGAACAAGACCUUAGUGCUGCCUUGAAAAGGUGUUUCCCCAAAGGCAUCGACAUAUACUUUGAGAAUGUAGGAGGCAAAAUGCUAGAUGCAGUGCUCUUAAACAUGAACCCACACGGACGUAUCGCUGUCUGCGGAAUGAUCUCACAGUACAAUCUUGAGAAUCAGGAAGGUGUACACAACCUAUCCAACAUAAUCUACAAAAGAAUCCGCAUUCAAGGCUUUGUAGUGUCUGAUUUCUACGACAAAAUCCCAAAGUUCUUGGAGUUUGUGCUUCCACAGAUUAAAGAAGGGAAGAUCACGUACGUGGAAGAUGUAGCUGAGGGGAUCGAGAAAGGUCCCGAAGCUCUUAUAGGACUCUUCCAUGGUAAGAACGUUGGAAAACAAGUUGUUGUUAUUGCUCGUGAGUGAAACAAAGGUUUUAUACUUGUACUUAUCCAACAAGCUAGAGUUUGUGUGCAUGUUCGAACGAAAACGUGGGUGGUUUUUCGAUAUGGUUUCGAAUCGAAUUCUAUGUCACUUGUUCAAAUUUAUCACUAGUUUCCAAAUAUAUAUUAAUUCGGUGUAUGUUUCUUCUU